CAAAGACAAUCGUGAAUGGCAGCUGUUUGAUGGAGCUGUUUAAGAAGAGUCAGACAUGUGGACAGCCCAUAACCAAAAAGAAGGUGACUCACUGCGGUGCACAGAAGAAGGUGAGGUGGAGCUGCCUUGGCGGACAUAGGGGCAUGUGGAUGUCAUCACCUUACCUUUGGGAAGCGUUCCCUGAAAUCCACCUUCUCACAGCUCUUUCCAUUCUGUUUUCUGGAGGCACUUUUGCACACUUUAAAAAAUGUGCCAAACACCUGCACUUGAACUUUAUGGGGCAUAAAACCUUUUUUGAAAUUCAGAAGGCAUACCUCAACCCAGAAAUAAAACAGAUGAAGAGGAUUGAGCAAAGAGGGAUCGCUGCAAACGACGACCACCAACAGCCUGGAGGCUCUCUUCCUCACAUUUCAGAUCCUUUGAAGAAAAUUAUAGCCAAGUCAAGGAGAAGAGAGAGGGGAGCUCUGUUGUCAAGUUAUGACAAGAGAUCCUCAAUAUUGAUGACCUCGACUGGAACAUCAAUGCAAGAAACGACUGCAAUAUCAAGACUUGGAUGUGUAUCAUCCUCUGAAAGGGGUAAACAGCACCGGCAAGAUGAUGUUGAAGAUCAGAGUGAAAGCAGACAUAGGGCAUCAGAGGUGGGCGGGCUCCUGGACCGUUACAAAACAUCUGAACUUAAACUUGAAUGUGAAGAAGAGGAGCUGGAGCCGUGGCAGAAACACACUUUACUUGUUCACUUUAAAGAAGAGAGUGAUGUUGGAGAGUUGAGUGUUGACCAAACUGAUUGUAAACCAGAUCCUUCAUCUCUGCAGAGCUGUGCAGCUGGUCGGCUCACUCUAACACCUGAGGACUGCGCUGUCGUCCACACUGCUGAGGGGCAUCAAAUCAGCAACAGCCCCGUGUCCUUAUCUAGUGUCCAGAGUCCUGAAGUAUCAUCUAACAAACUGCAGUCAGACCAGUCCAACUCACAGACCCUCUCUGCACCUUUUUCUGCACCAUGCUUUACAGUUAUUAAAGUUGAAUCAACUGAAACGUGAGACAAUGAAAAAUAAACUUUAGUAUACCAACUAUUAUAAUGGGCAAGUUCACAGGUUGUUUUAAUUACACGCAGUUUGUUGUUUAACAUUAAUGUGUCAUGCAGAUAAUAAACACAUUUCUGUGACUCUGUUGGCUCUUUAAGCCAGUCUGCACACACCACCUGUUACCUCAUUUUCUGACAACAAAUUAAAAAAAAAAAAAAACAUUUUCUAAUUUCCUUAAAACUUUACCAGCCAGUUAGUUACAUUCUGAGUCAAAGGUACAAGUUGGGUUUUUUUGUAAUAUAAUGUACAGUGAAAAUAAAUUCUUAAAUCAAAA